AUGUCGCUGGAAGUAGAGUUUUCGAGUGAGGAGAUUAGAGCUGCUGUUUGGGAUUCAGACGGGGACAAAAGCCCAGGCCCUGACGUAUUGGCGAAUAGAUUAAAGAAGGUAUUGGAGAACAUUAUUUCCCCAACACAAUCUGCUUUUGUUCCUGGCAGACAAAUUUUAGAUGGGGUUUUGGCUCUUAAUGAAAUUGUGGAUCAUGCGAAAAGGCAAAAGAGGGAGUGUUUUGUUUUCAAGAGUUCGUUAUCGAUUUUGGUAAAUGGUUGCCCGACGAAAGAUUUUGUGGUUGAAAGGGGAUUAAGACAAGGAGAUCCCUUGUCACCCUUUCUAUUUACCUUGGUGGUGGAAGGGCUGGCUGUGCUUUUUAAUUCAGCUACAACAUCUGGAAGUUUUGUGGGUUAUAGCAUAAGUAACAAUGUUGAUGUGAAGAUCCCCCAGUUUGCUGAUGAUACGGUAAUUGUUGAGCAAGGGAGUUGGCAGAAUUUAUGGAGUAUUAAAUCAAUUUUCAAGGGCUUCGAACUGAUAUUGGGUUUAAAGGUGAAUUUCCAUAAGAGCAAGGUGAUGGGUGUGAAUGUGGCGGAGAGUUUUCUGGAAACAGCAUCUCAUUUCUUGGGCUGCAGUAGGGAGAAGCUUCCAUUUAAGUUUCUCGGCAUUCAAGUGGGGCUAAAUCCUAGGAUAGGUGACUCGUGGAAGUUGGUGUUGAAUGGUUUGAAGAAUAAGUUGUCUUGUUGGAAGUCAAGAUCUUUAUCCAUUGGUGGCAGAAUAAAAGGUGUUAAUUGGGUUAGUUGGCAUAACAUAUGUAAACCUAAAGCGGAAGGAGGUUUGGGUAUCAAACAUAUCGAUCAUUUUAAUAACGCACUGUUAUCCAAAUGGAAGUGGAGGAUUUUGAAAGAGGGGUCAUCUUUGUGGAAGAAUAUUCUUGAAUCAAGAUAUGGUGAUGUACAAAAAGCUGUGUUAUUGGGUGUGGAUUUUAAGUUGAGAAAGACUGACUCCAUAUGGUGGAAAGAUAUGAUGGCGGCAAGCAUGUCAAAAACUAAUGGCCUUGAUUGUUUUGCAGGUAAUAUAAGCUUCAAACUGGGCGAUGGAAAAAAUAUAAUGUUCUGGUUUGGAAGAUGGUUUGGAGGGGCUCCUUUAAAAAAUCGGUUUCCUCUGUUGUUUAGUCUAUCCAGGAAGCCGCAGGGUAGCAUUAUGGAGAUGGGCGUUCGCGUGGGGCUGGUUUGGUUGUGGAAUUUUCAAGUGGACUCAAAUGUCUUGAUGGAAAAUCCGGGAGCGAUGAUGGAGGCUCUUGAACUACUGGAACUUCUAGGAGGGGUUCGGCCCAAGGAAGGUGUGGAGGAUAUGCUAAAAUGGUCGAAAAAUUCAGACGGUAACUUUACGGUUAAAAGUUGUUCAUCUUGUUUACGGGAAUAUAACUUAGAAGCUAUUGUAGAAUCAACCAUUCUUAAGGCCAUUAACAGAUUUUGGUGCUCUGAGGUCCCUUCACGAAUUAAGGUGUUUGGUUAG